AUGAGGCUACCGGCCUUUUGCGCCGCACUCUGGCUUGUCUCUGCCACUGCUUUAACCAUCCCCGAGAUCCUUGAAAAAUUUGAGGAUAAUUCGCCGGAAAUACCGAAAUACUUUCUAAUAUUGGUCUUUGUUGAUGUCACUUUACUUACGAGACUGCCAAGAGAACACCAACACUAUGACUUGAAGUAUUUCCAAGAAGCUCUGGAGCCAGCUGCACAAAAUGCACGCAUCAAGGUCCUCAUGCAGACAUAUCUAGCUACACUUCGAGAUCUGGGUGUUCAGACAUGGCUAAUGCAUGGCUCCCUACUUGGUUGGUGGUGGGGAAAGAAGAUCAUGCCGUGGGACUUGGAUGCCGACGUCUCAGUGACUGAAGCUGACAUGUACUUUCUUUCUGCCUACUACAACAUGACCAUCUACUACUACCAGUACGACGGGUGUCCGGAUGGUUGUUUUUUCCAGCUUGACAUAAAUCCUUACUUCAAGCAUCGUGAGAAAGAUGAUUGGAUGAAUGUUAUUGAUGCUCGUUGGGUUGAUAUGCAGACUGGACUGUUCAUCGAUAUUACAGCUGCGAGAUAUGAUCCUGGACACAAAAUGGGCGAGGGCGUCAUGUACGACAAGCAUGAUCACGAGUUCAAGGACAAGUACAUUUUCCCUCUUCUCGAUACUACCUUUGAGGGUAUUCCCGCCAAGAUCCCUUACCGUUAUGAGGAGAUGCUUACUUCGGAAUAUGGCCUUGCGGCCGUGUCAAAGACUGAAUAUUACGGACACCGAUUCGACACGCAGAGAAUGCAGUGGGUUCCCAUCAACUGA